AUGUAUAAAACGCAACAUGCUUUUUGCAAGAAUUCAGAAGAUAAUGCAGAUGUUCAGUGUAUCUGCAAUCCUGGAAAGUAUUGCGAAUCAGAAGUAAAUGAAUGCAUUUCCAACCCGUGCCUCAAUAGAGGUAUUUGUGUGGAUAAAGUGAACGAUUAUGAGUGCAAAUGUCCCAAAGGAUAUAUUGGAAAGCGUUGUGAGACUGAUGUGAAUGUUUGCACAAUCAAUAAUUCGUCACAAUUUUUUGAAACUACUUUAUGCUAUAACGGCGGCACAUGUGUCGAUGGCCCGGGUGAUAUAUAUUUUUGUGCCUGCAAUCCGGGAUAUAGUGGACAGCGAUGUGAAUACAAAGUACGAGAAUGCGAUUCCAAUCCAUGCCUUCACGGCGCCAGAUGUGAGGAACGGGAGUCUGACUACUAUUGCACCUGUAGUUUAGGGUCAACACCACUCAUGAGUCUAACACCAGUGCCCACAAUCACUGCCACUGCCAUCAGCUCUUAUUACAUACCAGAACCGAGUCCAAGAUAUGAACCAAAUAUAACGGUUCUGCCAAAUGUCACUCAAGACUUGAAAGAUUAA